GCAAAAACAUGUUUUUUUCGUUUUUUUUUGUUUUCUUUCUUUUAACAACAAAUUCGAGUUCUGCGUCCCAAUUUUAGUCAAAUUUGAAUUCAUUAGCGGUGCUUACUAAAUCAAAUAAGCAUUUUUUCAAUAUUUCAUCAACGCCAUUUUGGCCGCCAUCUUGGAUUUAAACAUUCUAAAGCACUUUAGAGUAGUUAAGGGGUCAUACUUGAGCUCGACAAUAAAAAAUAAGACAUCGAAAAAAAUAUUUGGAUGACAUGAUGUUUGUCAGUUUAUAAAACAAUGAUUUACAGUGAUAUGGGCACACAACUGGCGAAAAAAUAGCUAAAGGUACUUCAAAUAUAAUAAAGUUUUUGGGAAACACUAGUUUUGAUCCAGAAAUAUCUGCAUUCUGGGUACCUACUUGAAAUUUACUUUUUGUGAUUGGAAAGUGCAAAUUCAGGGGAAAAUUUCAUUGUAGUAAGCAUCCAUUUUAGGGAAACCUACGUUGGCUUGGAGUUUCCGAAAACUAUGAUAGUAUUGCGAAACUUUGCAUUGUUUCAGUAGUUGAACCUAAUUAUCACCUUUGAAAGUUUAAUAGAAAAUAGCUGAUAAAAUGUUGAAUCGAAUUAUACAAAAAUCAAAUCGAUUGAGAUUUUGCUGAACUUUCAUUUUGUCUGAAAUCGAUAUUCAUAUUUUUUUCGUACUAUUACAAAGCAUACAAAUUGAACGAUUAACACUCAAGACUUAACAAUGAAAUAUUCACAUGAAUGAAAAAUUAACUAGAACCAGAAUUGCAAAUUUCUCAAACUCGGGAAUACUAGAAUCUAACUCAUUUUUGUACCAAAACCAAUGCAGGAAAAGUGUUGAUUUCGCUAGUUUUCGCGUAGCGUAAAACUAGCAUUAUAUAAGCACUCGUAGCACCUUAUUAAUUCAGGGAAUAGCUUUAGUGAUAGUCGGGUAAUUCGGUCAAGUCUUGCAAAAAAAAACUAACUAAAAAGCUUAUCAUAAUGGCCUGCUACGAGUUGACCUAAAAGUUAACCAAUGUUUACUGCCGGAAAAUCACAUCGCACCCUCUUAGGUAGAUUCGUCCAAAACCAAAAUUUUCGAAAAACUCUUUCCAUUUCUCUCUCUCUCUCACUCGUGCACACACGAGAUCGCCCACAAUAAACUCCUUUCAGAGAGAUUCGGGAAGGGACCGCAAAAAGUCACAAGUGUCCCGAAUGGGCCACUGCAGUGAGGGAUUAGCUCUCGAAGGCGAAUGGGAGAAAGGGAGACAAGGAAGGAAAAAAGUGACCCUUUCAAAUUUGGAUUUUCGAUCUUUUUUGUUGCACUUUCUCUCUGGGUGCGUUGGCUAGAGCGGGAAAGAGUGACAAUUUGCAGAAAUUUUGCAUAUUUUUCACUUCCUAGGGCCUAGGCGUGGGUGCGAAAGGGUUUCUCCAGAGCCGGGUAUAAAAGCCGGUCGCCGUGGUCAGUUUGCGGUCAUUGAGUGAGAGAAUCUGAAACUAGACAGACGUUAGCUUGUGGAAGGAAUACGAUCGCCCUGUUUUUGAGCGUUUGUUUGAUUUCGUGGAUUAUAUUGCGACGAGUUGAAAAAAAAGUGUGAUUAUCAAAUCAAAAUGAUGGCUCAGUUUAUGAUGGAUCUCAAAACAGAGCAUCGAACAAGUCCUUCGCUGUACCCGCCAAGUUCUCCAAAAAUGCACGAAAACUACCGCCCAGACUCGACCGAUUCCGGCGUCCUGGAUUUGUCCAAACGUCGCGAUUCUGUCGAAACUCGCCGAACUCCGUCACCGUACAACAGCUUCAGCGAAAACGGAUCGCCUCCGUUCCAGAACUCCUCCCCGAUCAACUCAACCAACGCACUUCUGAUGAACUAUCACGCCAUGCAGCAGCGUCACCACCGAGAACUGUCCCCGAAAGCAGCUAUGCCAUACGAAUCGCCAAACCACCUGGACCUGAGACAUCCGGCGAUGCCAAUGGGAUUCCUUCCAGCUCAAGGAUUUCCGCUGAUCCCCAAACAGGAAAACCAUCCAGUGCAUCGUCCGGAGAUUGCCUCCUAUCUGCUUCAAUCCGGUGCCAUUCCGCCCCAGCACCAGUUCCCUCACAGCAGUCCGAUUCAUCCGGCCCGUGAAUCCGACUCGCUGUCCGAAUCCGGUUCCGAAGGACAACUCAUCGGAUCCACCAUGAAACUACCUCAGCUCAAAAUUCCCAGUGAAACCAGCUCCAACACUUCCGGUGGAACCUACCCGAUGGUCGUUGGCCGCGACGGAAAACUCGCCCGACCCUUCAAAGCCUACCCCCGCGAUCCGCUAAGCCUCGCUACCGGCUUCAUGUCCAGCGGCUCCAUCCUGGACGCCAACUCCGCCGAAAAGUACAACAUGUUCCGCAAGCGGAUGCUGGAGCAGAUUCACGCGGCCAACGGCGGUCAACCGACCGUGUCGAACCCGAAAAUGCGACGCCUCAACAAAUCCCUCAGCGACGCGUCCGAAACGGAAAGCGUCCCCGAACGGACCUCCGAAUCCAUCGAACAGCAAUCCCACCAAUCAAAUCAACCCAGUGACAACACGCCCACCGAAUGCAGCAGCAGCAGCAAGCCAUGCCAGGAAGACGCAAGUGGCGCAAGCAAUGGCGGCGGCGAACGAGGAAUGGUGAAAGACUCCGCCUACUACGAGCGGCGCAAGAAGAAUAAUGCGGCGGCGAAAAAGAGCCGCGACCGGCGUCGGAUCAAGGAGGAUGAAAUCGCGAUUCGGGCGGCGUUUUUGGAGCGGGAAAAUAUCGAGCUGAAAUUUGAGCUGGCCGCGGCACGGAAGCAGCUGGCGUUGUACGGGGUUGCGGGCGCGGGAUCGCCUUGAUGGGAUUCGACGAGUACGGUGUAAAUAGGUGUAAAGUUCCUUGUGCGUUUGGUCGGUGUUCGCUCGAUAUUUGCCAAAAUGUGUUACUUAUUUGUAACAGAAUCAUCCUACAAAGACUGUUUUCAAAAGACUGAGCUGUAAAUCGGUUAGCUUUUAAGGUUCCAUUAAUGUAUAUUGAUAAGUAAAAAUUAAAAAUUCAU